AUGCCCCAAGACAUGGAGGACAACGGGGCAGACGUCUCAGACCCCGUGUCCGAGAACGAAGAAGACUCGGAGACGCUAGCAAGAGCCGAAGACGACACAAUGGCCGAGCCAAUGGCUGCCAACGGCGCCUACGACGAAAAGAAAAAGUAUGACCCGAAAGAUCCUCUGAGACCUAGGCGGAAAAAGGCGAGGAGGGCAUGCUUUGCUUGCCAGAGGGCACACUUGACCUGCGGAGACGAGAGACCGUGUAAGAGGUGUAUCAAGCGUGGUCUUGCUGAUGCCUGUCAAGAUGGCGUGCGCAAAAAGGCCAAAUACCUCCACGAUGCUCCCCCAGAAGCUCUUCGACCUGUUCUCGGCCCCAACUUCAGCCCUCCCCCUUCCGCAAAGGCCAACGGGCAACGGCAUGAUUCUAUCCACUCUGACAACGUUUUGACGACGGCAUCGGGCGAUAGCUUCCUGUCUCAGGGCAACCCUUCGUUCCCAAUCUACCCAAACGUCAGCCAGCCACCAGUUGCCAUCCCCGAGACCCUUCAUCUCAACCCCCAGGCCUCGCCCAUUUCGCCAUCCUUCCAUGGAGCCUCUGCCCCGGGCCAGCCCCAUAUGGGCGGCAUGCUAUCGGGAAACACGAUGGACUUUAACGCCUUGUUCGACCCCAGCAACCCUGCGCUCUACAACUUUGACCUCGAGGGCCUCAACUUUGGCAGCCAGUAUGCUGGCUGGGAGUUUGGCAUUCUCAACAAGAUGGGCCUCGGCGCCGAGACGCCGCCGCGAGAAAACUCCAUUUCGCAAACGCCAAAGACCGAGGCGAGUUAUGCGGCCUUGUUCGGGAGCAGCAACGGAUCGUAUGACGCCAACAUGAUGGGUGACUAUGCUGGCGUUGACCUCGGUUCCAACAUGUACACUCAGGGGAACCUUCAGCACGGCCUCCCUCAUGCAUUUGCCAUUGCUGCCGGCCCAAACAGCCUGGCCAGCCCCAGUACGGACGCGACUGCCAGCCCGCAGGCCAUCAUGGAUGGCUCUCCAAACCCGGGCACGGGAUUCGGCGGCUUACAGAACAUGCCCGGGGGCCAACGCCUCAAGCCGAAGCAAGACAAGAUGCUGCAGUCGAUUCUCGGCAAGAGACAGCGGGAUUCUGCAUCCAUCUACGCAAGCGUCAAGGAGCCGUAUCCCUAUGUCGCUGGCUUCCACAACAUGAUAUCUGUCCUCCGCAACCGGCUGCCGCUGUCCAAGCUGUGGAAGAUUGCCCAGUCGCUGGGCGAAAUUCGGCCCUCGUUCAUCUCCUGCACCAAAGACUUGACGCGCGAAGACCUCAUCUUCAUGGAGAAGUGCUUUCAGCGGACGCUUGUCGAGUUUGACGACUUCUUGCAGCACUGCUGCGCGCCGACGAUUGUAUGCCGGCGGUCCGGAGAGGUGGCGGCCGUGAACAAGGAGUUUGCGGCGUUGACGGGGUGGCCCAAGGAGGUGCUCUUGGGCAAGGCUCCUAAUCGCAACAUCCAUCUCCGAUCCAGCAACAACAACAACAACAACAACAACGUCAACAACAACGUCAACAACAACGCCAGCCAUAACGGCGCACGACCGCAGCCCGUCUUCUUGGGCGAGUUGCUGGAUGACGACAGCCUGGUGGAGUUUUACCGCGACUUUGCGCAACUUGCCUUUGAAGACAGCCGAGGCAAGGUGCAGCGCAGCGGCCGGCUGAUCAAGUACCGGACGCAAGAGAUGCUGGAGGCUAAGGAGAUGCUGGGGCCUCAGAGACAUCCUCGAACGGGCAUCCUGAGCAGCCGCGUCACCAUGAUUGACAGCGAACAUGGCAUCUCGCGCAUCGAAAAGGAUGGCAAGGUCGACUGCACGUAUUGCUGGACGAUUAAGCGGGAUGUGUUUGACAUUCCCAUGAUGAUUAUCAUUAACUUUUUGCCACGCUAUCAUCCUAACCAGGAGCCUCACCAGCUCGCUGUAUGA